ACAUCAUAAGAUAAGAAAGAUAUAGAUGGAUAUAAGUGUAACAGGUUCAGCUCAUCUGCACAGAGCUAUAAAUAGCUGGAAAGAGUUCUUUGUGUUCCAGGUAAUACCGUGUAAUACCUUGGAAGGUAAGGCAUUAUGAUUUAUUAACAAAAAUGGAUGAUAUAAGCAGGAAUGAACAAGCCAAAAAUGCUUGCAGGGAAAUGCAUGGAGUUUGUUCCUGAUGUUCCCUGGAUAUCGUUGCUGCCUUUAUGUAAUGGAUUGGAUUUUGAACUUUCCAAAUGCUGUGUGCGGUGUAAAGUGAAGAGAUUGGUCAAGAAAAAAGAAAUCUAUUGGAUGUAUGCAAACCCUUGCAAAGCUGCUGGGAAUAAACCCUGAAAUCUCUAGAUUGGGGCUACUGUCUAGAAGUGCAUACCCCACCAUUUAUGAGAAUAUGUGGUCACAGGUGUGCUAGUGCAUGUAGCUUCGCACAAUUCGUAAUGCUGGUAGAUUGCACCAUCUUUUUGUUGACCAAUGCAAGUUUUAUCAUUUGCAGGUAAUACAUCCUCAACAUGCAAAACUUACAGAUAAAGAGAAAACCAAUAUUUGCUAUUUGUCUUUCCCAGAUUCCAAUUCAGGUAAUUAUUUAUUAGAUAUUCGUGCUGUACGCAUAUGAAAAAUGAAAUGCUUCUGUUAAGAUAGAACUGUACUGUUAAUAGCAUUGUCAUUCUAAUUAACGUUCAUUUUUAUUAAGUGAAAAUGUAAGGCAUAUUGGUAAGAAUACUUGUUUGUCCUACAUGGAGAAUUCAAAUCAAGGUUGGCAUAGCUGAGGGGUGUGAGCAUCUGGCCCUUCAGGGUAUCUGCAGGGCUUUGAAUCCUUUGGAUUCAAAGUUGCUGUGGCACUACCCCAUUUCAGGACUUUCCACUAGCUGCCACCAGCAGCUGAAUUAAUUAACGCAGUCUUAUGCAUAGGUAUCAAAUACAUGUUCAGCUCUGAUCUUUCUUUCUGUUAAAAAAAAAGUAACAAAGUAAAUUCAAGCUAAAUAAAACAUUUCAAGCUGGAGGCCCCAUGGAUAGGAUUUGAAAAAUAGCACUCAGUAGCUCGGAAGGUCGGCGGUUCGAAUCCCUGCGACAGGGUGAACUCCCAUUGCUCGGUCCCAGCUCCUGCCAACCUAGCAGUUCGAAAGCAUGCAGGGCAAGUAGAUAAAUAGGUACUGCUCCGGUGGUAAGUGAAACGGCAUUUCCGUGUGCUGCUCUGGUUCACCAUGUUUGCCACAUGAGCUGUACGCCUGCUCCCUUGGCCAGUAAAGAGAGAUGAGUGCCGCAACCCCAGAGUCGUCCGUGACUGGACCUAACGGUCAGGGGUUCCUGUACCUUUUAGUGAACAGCAUUUUUUCCCUUUAUCACUUUGCAAUAUUCUGUGAUAUUUUCAGUGUUGUUGGUUUUGGGCAAUUCCAGACUCCCAUUGCAUAACUAGGUGCUUACCUCCAAGUACAUUACAGGAAGCCAUAAACUUACACACAUUUCACUUGUGCACAUUCAGCGUUAUGCACAUGGCAAUUAAAAAAAUGAGAAGAACUGGAAAGGGGGCAAGAUUCUGGGAAUAAUGACUUUGACAAUCCCACCUGCCAUUGCACCCAGUGUGUUUUGACUAUACCUGUACAUGAUUUUGGCUUUAGGUGCGAUCUCCAGAACAGAAGCCCUGUGUUAGUUGGGAACUACUGUACAUGCUUUAUACAUGGAUAUUCUUUUCAUGUUGAAAUACUGUAUAAAAAAAGAAAUAAAUUCAUUUAAAUUAUGAGGUGGUUAAGUUUCACUGUUUUAUUUACAGUAUUUGUUUUAAAACUAUUUCUUUAUGAAAACAGGUAUUGCCAACCUUAGUCAUAAUCUCAUUGUCGUUCAGAAUCAGCCCUGUUGAUUCAGUUCUCACAUUUCUUUUUAUGUUUUUGGUUACAUAAUAUACGUAUGUCUGGAGGUUCCCUGGGUGUGGUUGUAGGACACAGCAGAGCACGUUGAUGGCAAAAGAGUAUGGAUCUGGCAUUCCUAGGUUGCCUUGGAGACACACAGUUUUGUUUUAGAUUUCGACAGUCUUCUAGCAGAAAGCUUUCAUGGCAUUGUCUACUGGACCAGUUUGACAGAGACCUACCCAUUUACUUGAAGAAGGAUCCUGCAUAUUAUUAUGGUUAUGUAUAUUUCAGACAAGUACAAGACAAAACCUUAAAAAGAGGCUACUUCCAGAAGUCCUUGGUUCUGAUCAGCAAGCUGCCUUAUAGCCACAUUUUUCACACUGUGCUUGGAAAAAUUGCACCUGAAUAUUUUGAAAAAAAUGAACCUUUCUUGGAAGCAGCUUGUAGUGAUAUUGAUCGAUGGCCACCACCAGUCCCAGGAAAAACCUUAAAUCUGCCUAUUAUGGGCAUUGUAAUGAAGGUGCGGAUUCCUACCUGCCAUGACAAUCCUGGAACAACACAUGUAUUACAGUCUACACAGCAGACAGACACACAGGUCUCCAUUGCAUUGCCAACUGUCCAUGAAGUUGAUCUCUUCAGAUGUUUCUCGCCAGUGUUCUUUCACAUCCAGAUGCUAUGGGAGCUCGUGUUGUUAGGGGAACCGCUUGUUGUCAUGGCACCAUCACCAUCGGAGUCUUCAGAAACCGUGUUGGCACUUGUAAGCUGUAUCUCACCUCUGAAGUACUACAGUGAUUUUAGGCCUUAUUUUACAAUACAUGACAGUGAAUUCAAAGAAUAUACCACUCGUACUCAGACCCCGCCUUCUGUCAUAUUAGGAGUGACAAAUCCAUUUUUUGCUAAAACUCUGCAACACUGGCCACACAUCAUCCGAAUAGGAGACAUUAAACUGUCAGGUGAAGUACCAAAGCAGGUAAAAGUGAAAAAGCUAAAGAACUUAAAGACUUUGGAUUCUAAGCCUGGUGUUUAUACAUCUUAUAAGUCAUACUUGAAUAGAGAUGAAGAAAUCAUAAAGCAGUUACAAAAGGGAGUACAGCAGAAGCGUCCCGGAGAAGCUCAAAGCAUAAUCCUUCGUCGUUAUUUUUUGGAACUGACCCAGAGCUUCAUUAUUCCUCUAGAACGAUACGUAGCAAGCCUGAUGCCUCUGCAAAAGAGCAUAUCACCUUGGAAGAGCCCGCCACAGUUGAAGCCAUUCAACCAAGAGGAAUUUAUGAAAACUCUUGAGAAAGCAGGGCCUCAGCUCACCUCAAGAUUAAAAGGAGACUGGAUAGGACUCUACAGGCAUUUUUUGAAAUCUUACAACUUUGACGGUUGGUUCAGGAAUCGACGGAAAGAAAUGACACAGAAGCUGGAGGCAUUGCAUUUAGAAGCGCUAUGUAAUGAGGAUUUGCUUUUCUGGAGUCAGAAGCAUACUGAAGUGGAAACAGUGGAUUUAGUUUUGAAAUUAAAGGAUAAAAUGGCUGAUGGAGAAAACUUACCUGUGAAACCAGGCACUGUGGAAAAGUUACAGAUGCACAUUGAUUCAAUUAUUCUUGCACUGCCAGAAGAUUUACAGGGUAUACUCAUCAAAACGGGCUCAAUGUGAUUAACUGGACUUUUAUGCAGCCAUAUGUACCACAUCGCACAUUUGAAAGGUGUAAAGGCACUUGCAAAGAACAGUGGACAUGCAAAGUAUAUGGUACUGGAAACAGACUGUGUUAAUACUUAAAACAUUAUUUUAAGCAGCCCCUUAGGUUCAACUUGAAUAUGGAAGCAACUGAUUAUUAUUUUUUGCAUACGUUUAAAAUUAAGUGCUCUUACUGAACAUCUGCAUGCAACUUAAAUUUCCACAAUGCAGUGCAGACACUGCAGAGCUUCUUAAAUGGGUGCUGAUCUGCCCAAUUGUAUUAAACUCAGGGGAAGCAAUAUUCCUGUUGGUUUCAAUGACUACCACACUUAAUGGAAUAGGUAGUAGCUGUCCAGUGAGUACUUUGUCUUGAUAUUUUACUUCCUAUUAAGAUCUCAAAUGCUAGUCUACUAAAUAUUAUAAUUCAGUUCAGUUAUUACAGAGCUGAUGGUCAAACCUGAAUUCAUUUAUUCAAUUUAUAUCCUGCUUUUCCUUCAAUGAGCUCAAGGCACUGUAUAUGAUUCCCCACCCUUGAUGCCAAUUUUACCCUCACAGCAACCUUUUGAAGUAGACUGUGCUGAAAGAUAGUGGCUGGUUGAGGGUUAGUGAGAGUCAUUGCCGAGUGAACAUUUGACCCCAGAUCUUUCCAGUCCUAGUCAAUUACUAACCACUACACCACCCUGGCUGUCACACUGGUUUAACAAUUGGAAUCACCCAUGUAGUACUGAACACUCCUCAGUUUUCCUUCUCUUAGGUCCAUGUAUCUUCUCCCCACAUUCCCAGUUACAAUAAUUGGAGCCUGCUCUAGUAUUUAAACUGGGAAAACGGGUUGCUGCUUAUCAUAGUUUGCAGGGCGUAUUGAUUUUAAAUCAAGGCAGUACAAAUCCCAAUUUAAAUCAGCAAGAAAAAAAGGCUGGUUUAAAUCAUUCUCAUGGAUACAUCUUAGUAUUUCCUAAAUAAUGGUGCAAAUCUCACCACUGGGGCCCUACUAAUGUAUAACUAAAUAUUUAUACGGUUUCAUUUUUGCAACCAGGCAAAAAUGCAUCUUUUGCCUCACUACAUAUAUUUUGUGUGCUUUCCUUCUUCAACCCUUUAAAAUAUUUGCAUAUAGAUUCUUUCUUGCACUUGGCACCCAUGACAGUUUGUGAGGUUAAGUUUGGGACUAUAGGAAACUGAACACUGGACAAUUGUCUUCUCUUCUCUCCAGUGUUGCUCCUUUCUGUUUCGCUAUGCUUUUGCCAAGCCCUAUCCUCACAGAAUCAAACAAAAGUAACAAUCAAAACUGAAAUGCCCAUGACUGAUACAAUGAAGUAACUUGGCAAAGUGCAGGUGGAAUGUAAAUAUUAAUAUCUGAUAAAUUAUCCAAUUAGUUCUUCAUACAUAGAAAAGCCUCCUUUAAUUCAGUGGAUCUGGUAUAAGAAUAUAUUCAGUUUACAGUGUAACUUUUAGAGCCAACAUGCUUAUAUUGAGGUUAUUUAAUAUUAACCUAGUUGGUAUUUUAGAGACUUUGUAUUUAGAUUUUUAAAACUCAAUUUCACAUUUGAAAAAACAGGUGGGGAAUUGAGCUUUUAAAAAAACAAAACUGAAACUAAACAUUGCUUUUUUAAUCCACUUUGAUUGUGUCCCCACCCGGGACUGAAACCCGACUCAUUCUUAGUUUUGAGGCAGUCUGUGAUUAGAGGUAACCAUAGUCUAUGCAGUUCAGAUAUUACAGCUUAUUUUAAACUAUGGAAAGGAACAUGGAAGCCCAGGGAAGAGGAGCACACAGACUUGUGGUGGUCCUCCUUCUCACAUCAGCUCUGUGACAUCAAAUGACUUGAGAUUACAGUGAGUAAUAGUGAAUUUACUACCUAUCAGGUCACAGAUCUGUUUCUAAAAUAUGAAACUAGUGGUGCCCAACCCUUAAAAAAAGAAAACAUAAUUAAGUGGGUGCUUCUUGUCUAAAGUCUUAAGCUUGCUAUCAUAAGUCUAAAUUUUAAAAUGUGGCACAAAGAUUAAAAUGGCAAAGGUUAAUUAACAGAAACUUUGCAUAAUGGCCAUUCCAGAAAAUACACAUUGAAUGUGUUGUGGAGUUUGUUGCACAUAGAUCAGGCUGCUGAACUGAAAUGCCUCUUAUUUCCUCAUGCCCAAGCACGAAUGGGGAGACGAGAGUGCCUUGAGGACAGCUGCAGCCUUCUUUGUAUGGUGAUGGUUAGAGAGAGCUACCUCACCUCCCCAACCCCACAUUGGGGUUUUAUCUUUUCCAGCACCAUUUUGCACACAUGGGGCUGAUCAUGUGCAAAAACAGGUUUGUGUGUGUGGAUUGCCCUUGGUGGGUUGGGGUGAUGACCGUUUACUCCAAAGUAUGUCAGUUAAAUAGCAACAGGAAUACUAACUUGCAUCAAAUCAAUGUCCGUCCCAAUUUUGUUAAGUGCAUUGGGUGCUUUGCUAUCAUGUCAUAAUACUUAAUUUUAACUGCCUUCAAAGAAUGUGGUUAUGUAAGAAGGAAGAGGCUGAUUUUAAUCUCGUUUCUCUAGGGAAGCCUUUUGUGAUUCCCUGCUGUAACAAUAACCUUCAAGUAUUCUGUUCACAGGUAAAAGCAACAGACAAGUGUGGACAAGUGUGCUAAGUUCAACCUCCAUGAGCUGGAGAACAAAAUUCUGAAGCUGGGAGCCCUUCCGGGUUUGUGGAUGCUUCCUGUGUGAUUUUAAAUCGGGGCUUCAAAAUCUCGAGAGCUUUCACAAGUACAGGAGGCUCCCAGCUUCUGGGUAGUACACAUUUAGUGGAUUUCUCUCCACUCCCUUGUUACUUUUACACAGAAAUAGAAUACUUGAAGAGGGUUAAUGUAUAUACUAUAAAUAUAUGCAUAAUGAGCCAUUUCUCAUUGUAAUAAAUUAAUUCUUGCUAGAUGCAUAACUUUUUUAGAACACAAGAACAUAGGAGUUUGAUAACUCUUAUGAAAUAGGACUUGGAGGAACCUUCUAAGAAUGUUAUACCAAUUCUAACAUGUACCAGUAUAUUGUGGUAUGUUACCAUUAGGAGCAGAAAUGCAACAGCUGGGUCAAGACUUAAUGAUGAUCAAUACUCCACCACAUUUCAUUUAUUUCAGGCCCGUUGUAGGAAAAAAACUGCCUUUGUAUGACAUUUUGUACCAUUGUUUAGAGUCUUUAAUUUUAGCUAUACACUACCCUCUGUAUUUUUAAGGAGAUGUAUUUUUAAUAUUCACUUACAUGAAUUCCAAAUCAGAAGUUGAAAAUAACAUGUAUAAAAGAGGACUUCGACAAUUAUGCCACUAUUGCAUUAAUAUUUAACUCACUGUUUUGCACAACUAAGUAGCUUUUUUUUUAAAUACAGCCAUUAAAUCUUCAUUAACUGAAGCAUUGCAUAGUAUAUUGGAACUAGCUACAUUAGCUUAUUUUCUAAAUGUAUUUUUUUAAGGCAAAUAAAUUUCACUUUUACAGAAA